AUAUAGUAUAUAUAUAUCUAGUAUAUAGGCAGUUGCAUAGUUUAAAAUAAAUAUACAGAGACUAUGACGGACGUGCCCGAGCCCGUGCGCAAGUGCGCGCAGAUGUUGAAGGGCACACGCAGCGAUACUGAAAAGUUUGCGGCGCUGUUUAUGGUCACCAAGCUGAUGAAGGGCAAGGACUGCAAUGCCGCGGGCAAGCAGCUGCUGUUCGAGGCGAUUGGUUUUCCCUUUCUGCGCAAGCUGCUUGUGUCCAAGGAGCUGCCCAGCGACUGCCCGCCGCUGGUCUACAAGAGCGUGGCGUUGUCCAUACUGACGGGUUUCUGCCAGGAGGAGGAGCUGGCUACGCAUAAGGAUAUCAUUGCCGCCAUACCCACGCUGCUGGAGAUUGUGGAGCAGGCCGACGAUGAGGACUACGAGGACAAUCUGAUUGUGGUAAGCGAGGCCUACAGCUGCCUCAAGAGCAUUGCCAGCUAUGAGCCCGGCCAGCAAGCGCUGCUGGAAACAGGUGCCAUACCCAAGAUGUCGCAGAUCUAUGCAGCACAAAGCUUCCAAACCGACGAGGCUUUGCAUCUGAUUGUGCUGCUGGUGAACAAGUUUGGCGUCAUCUCCUGGCCAGAGGAUCCCACAGCCUUCCAUGCGCUUAUACAGCGCAUUUCUCUGGACAUGGAAACGGAUCACACCGAACGCAAGUACGAGCUGUGCCGCAUCUUGGCGGACAUUCUGAUCACCUGCCGGCGUGAGAUUGUCAACAACUCGCUGGAGGGCCAGAUCUGGCCGGAGAGUCUGUUCAAGGGCUGCGGCGAUAUACUGAAGGCCAAGAUUGGACCCAAGCAGCGUGAUCCGGCGCUGCAUCUGAUUGCCACCACGCUGCGGAUUCUGGGCAUGCAAUGGGCCUUCAUGGACGACCAGAAGACGUUCUUCCUCAUGCUGCUGCAGCUGGCGGCCAUUGAGGUGCGCAUGCAGAUGGACGAGAAGAAGCUGGAGACGACCUUCAAGCAGGCCGAGCUGCUCACCUGCUGCUUCCACAUACUGGAGCUGUGCAUCGAGUAUAUGGCCACGGAUCAGCUGGAUCUGGAGCCCAAGGAGAAGCAGACCACCUAUACGGCACUCAAGGGCGCCUUCAACCAGGUGCUGGCCGUGCUCACGCGCGUCAGCCAGGACAAAAUACGCGACAAUGGCAAUGCGCGUGACAAGGCGUUCAUUGUCGCCCAGGUGCGCAUCCUGUCCGCCUGGCUGGCCCAGGAGACCACCGCCAUGCGUCCGGCCAUCUACAAGCUGCUGCCCUUCAUGCUGAAGAUUGGCAACGAUAGCUUCCACGAGCUGAAGACCUGGCGUGCGGGUGCACGCGAGGGCAAGGCGCCAGUUGAUAUCCUGCGCGUCAUGACGCCAGCGCUCUGCCACUUUGCUGUGGAGGAUGAGGGCCGCCGUGUGCUCUUCACACACAAGCAGGACGAGGUGCUGCUCGAAGCCCUGGAGCUGUACUUCAGCAUUGCGCACUGGAAGCGUCCGCCCAUACCGCGUGCCGAGCGUCUGAAGCGCAUGAACGAGCCCGAUCCGGUGCCCACGCCCGAGCAGCAGGCUGAGAUGAAGGAAGCACGUGCCGCCAUCGUCGCUCUCUGCAAUAUACUCAUGAACUUUACUGUGCUGGAGCCCAAGCGUGCUGAGGAUGCGCCCACGUUUGUCAAUCUGCUGAAGUAUGUGGUGGAGAAUCUGCCCGAGCUAAAGGACACGCCCGAGAAUCUGGUGAUCCAUGGCAAUCUGUCUGUGCUGGGUCUGCUGCUGCUCAAGCAGCAGUCCAAGAAAGUCAAGCAGAACGACUUCUCCAUCUGCCGCUAUAUAACGACCACCAUACGCUUCCUCUGGGACGCCUACAAUAUUGAUGAGAGCAACGAUCCCACCGCCUUGGUCGUAUCCAUUGCCUACAAGGGCGUCUGGGGAGAUGUCUCCGAGCUGUGGUUCCUGGGCAUGCAGACCAUGUGCAGCGUGCUGCCCCUCGUGCCCUGGCUAUCGGAGUUCGCACUCGAGUCUGGCUGGGCUGAGGGCAUUGUGAAGACAUUGAAGAAGGUUAAGAUUGGCACGCUGCCGCCGAAUGUGAAGUCGGCCUACGAGGACUUCCUCUCUCAGCUGGUGGACGUCAAUGCCGAUGUCGUGGCUGUGCUGAAAAAGGCCGAUGCCCUGAAGGUCUGCCGCAACCACAGAAUGAUGGAGUUGGGCAAGAAGCUCUUCGGUGAUUAAGCCAUCUCCUCCAGCAGCUCCUCCACAUACAUACAAAACAUGCUCACAACGCUCUAUUCUAUUUUCGUAUGCGUUUUGUUUUCAUUUGCAUUUCUAUUUUGAUUCUCAUUUCAUUA